CACACAAUCCGUCACAAUGGGUUCCCUUGCAAACGGUUCGCAGCCCGGCACCUUCCUCUUCACCUCCGAGUCCGUCGGUGAAGGUCACCCCGAUAAGAUUGCCGACCAGGUUUCCGAUGCUAUCCUCGAUGCCUGCUUGGCUGAGGACCCCCUCUCCAAGGUCGCUUGCGAGACCGCCACCAAGACUGGUAUGAUCAUGGUCUUCGGUGAGAUCACCACCAAGGCCCAGCUGGACUACCAGAAGGUCAUCCGUAACGCCAUCAAGGACAUCGGCUACGAUGCCUCCGAGAAGGGCUUCGACUACAAGACCUGCAACGUCCUCGUUGCCAUUGAGCAGCAGUCCCCCGAUAUCGCUCAGGGUCUCCACUACGAGGAGGCUCUGGAGAAGCUCGGUGCUGGUGACCAGGGUAUCAUGUUCGGUUAUGCCACCGACGAGACCCCCGAGCUCCUCCCCCUCACCAUCCUGCUCUCUCACAAGCUCAAUGCUGCCAUGAAGGCCGCCCGUAACGACGGCUCCAUCCCCUGGCUGCUCCCUGACACCAAGACCCAGGUGACUAUUGAGUACGCCCACGACAACGGUGCCGUCAAGCCUCUGCGUGUCGACACCGUCGUCAUCUCUGCCCAGCACACUGACGAUGUCUCCACGGAGGAGCUCCGCACCGUCCUCAAGGAGAAGAUCGUCCGCAAGGUCAUCCCCGCUAACCUGCUCGAUGACCGCACCGUCUACCACAUGCAGCCCUCUGGCCGCUUCGUCAUCGGUGGUCCCCAGGGUGACGCCGGUCUCACUGGCCGUAAGAUCAUCGUCGACACUUACGGUGGCUGGGGUGCUCACGGUGGUGGUGCCUUCUCCGGCAAGGACUACUCCAAGGUCGACCGCUCGGCCGCCUACGUUGCGCGCUGGAUCGCCAAGUCUCUGGUCAACGCCGGCCUUGCCCGCCGUGCUCUCGUUCAGCUCUCCUACGCCAUUGGUACCUACGGCACUAGCUCCAAGACCUCUGACGAGCUGGUCCAGAUCAUCCGCAACAACUUCGAUCUCCGCCCCGGUGUGAUCGUCAAGGACCUCGACCUGGCCAAGCCCAUCUACAUCCAGACCGCCAAGAACGGUCACUUCACCAACCAGAGCUUCUCCUGGGAGAAGCCCAAGGCACUCAAGUUCUAA